UCGUCAUGACUUGAUAUAUCUUCGACCGCCCACCGGGGUCCUUGGUUCAAUGGCUGCUGUCCCGCCAUUGACCCCACGCCGUGGGAACCAGCCUUCGCACCUGCGCCAAGUCAGCAAUGGCAGCUCCGACUUCAAGCCCAAGAGUCGUCCUCUGACCGCGGCAUCAGAAUCCGGGACUGUUCAGCACGAUCCAGUUCCUAUAAAGCCGCCGGUAGAGAGGGUCUGUGUUUUAUGGAAUCAUGAUGAAGGGUUCUCUAAAGAAGAGGUUGUCAUAAACCUUGACUUGUUUCCUGUCGUUAAGGCUGGAGAGCUCCUGGCUAUCGUGGCUUUGAAGACGGAAUCUGUCACCAGGGAUUUUCAGGAGAAGGCUCAGGCGCCCAAGAAGGAGGUGGAUGCUCUGGCGACUGCUAUGCAACGUGAACGAAGCAGUUCCAAUCCACGCAGCCCUGGACCCGUCAAUGACAGCCAUUCGAAGCAUGAUGUUGAUCUUGGAAAGCGGUACCUAUUCAUUGCUAAGGACAUGUCGAAAGAGAUGAAGGCAAGACAGCCAAUACUUGAAGUCUCUGUGGCAAAGCACAUUGCCGACUUAUUCUGCCUCAAGCAUCGCUCUAAUGUGCUUAUCACCACGAUUGACCCCGAGACCAAUUCUGCCUCUCACGUCGAGAUGUCCUUCAAAGAUGAAUAUCUUGCGAGAUCAGAUAUGUGGAGAUUGGCCGUUGGGGACCUGGGCAAUAAAACAGUUUUCAAAGGCCAAAAGAUCCUCUUCAUGGGAACGAUCAAGGCUCAAGUGACAGCUGUCUACGUCAACGGCCGCAAGGUGCAAUCUGCCUUCUUCUCAACAAACACAAAACCGAUCUUUCGGAGCGAGUCUGCUCGAUACAUUCUCUUCAUUCAGAUGUCAAGGGAGAUGUGGGACUUUGACUCUGAGGGGUCUGGCGAGAUUAUGUUUAAUAAGGUCGUCAAUGGCUUCCUGCCAGCGCUUUUUAAAAAAUGGGCGUCCCUCAAGGCGAAACAUCUCGUUAGUAUUGUACUUUUCACAAGAGUAGAAUAUGACACGGGACUCGCGUCGGAACUGGCAACCAGUACUCAUGAUAGCUCAUAUCAUACGGGAAUUCAAGCAGACGGCAAUAAGAAACCGUACAAGGAUUUCUACCGAGUGGUAGUUAGUGAAAUGGCCAGCGGAUCCUGGACCACGAUCCUCUAUCAGCUCAAGCGCGAAUUCAAAUUCUUCCGCAAAGAUAUAUCCCUCCAUCGCAUUGACACUAUCGGUGCUACAUCUCAAGCGCCUCCGCAGAACAACAUGAGAGGCGCUCUCGGGACCAGGAUCGAAGCUGAACCAUCUCUUGCCAUGUAUGGUAAUGUGCUUGAGGCAAUUAACCUUGCAUCUUCUCAGUUCGCGCACGACUAUAUUGACCGAGAUCUCAUGAGGACGGGCAUAUCGAUCGUGGUUAUCACUCCCAGUCCUGGCCUUUUCGAGGUCGAUUAUGAGACUUUGAGAAUGACGACGGAAAUUCUCAUUGGCAAUGGAAUUGGCAUUGAUCUUGUCUGCUUGCCAAAGAUGCCGCUCCAUUCAGUACCACUCUUCCGCUAUCGAAAUCCUCAAUUUGCUGCUUUCCAUGAAGCCGUCAAUUACAAGUCACUUCGUAGCGAAGAUAAUACGCCCCGGCAGAAUGCACCUAUCUUUGGCAGCAGCUUCUCGUCCCUGAACGAUUCGCUAUCACCAACGAAGGCUUCACAACCGGAACGGUCCCUUCGCUCUGGAUCCUUUGCAGCGACCACUCCACCCAGUGAAUGGUCAUACGCCAUUCCUCACUGGAUUGAUGUGUCUUUCUGGACUGGAGCCUCGCAAGAACUCCGUCUGGCGAACCCUUCCACAAAGAUCUCUGACAAGCCUUUCCGACGAAUGGCUGCCAAACGAGCACCUGAUUUUCCAGUUCGAUGUAAGAUGUAUGAGAUGGAGAUGGCAAGCGUUAUUGACAAUGUCAUGACUGAGAUUGCUGUGACCCCUUUACAACACGAUGCACUAUUUCCCCAGAUGUCCCGCGAUGUGCCAAAUGAGAAGAAGAAUAGCGGAGAACCUCCCGAGAUUUUACAACGACGGAGGGUGUUUGGCAGCCUGUCUGAAUUCGUGAAUGGUCCUUCGAAAGUGUUGGUGGAUCGAAAUUCCACACAAGACGACAAAAGGUUCUAUCAUGCGUUAGAUACCUUUGAUACCACCAGAUCGGAGCUGCUAGAAGACCAUCCUGGCAUUCGAUUGAACAGCGAAGGGAAAAGACCCUUCAAGACUGGCAGCGAGGAGGCCGCCAGGAAAGUCCUUGCUGAAGACCCGAAGGUAUUUGGCACGUCUUUCAAUGAUGAUUUGGCAGCGCUGAAGGGCGCCAUUUUCUUGUCUGGUUCUUCAGGGCGAAGUAGGCAAGAAAAUAAGAAUACAGACGAGACGCCAAAGUCACGAAAGGACAGUGUGAUCGGCAGCAUGACUGCGAGUCCACGCUCGUCAACCGGCAGGCCCCCGAAACUCGGCCGUCAAAUUAGUCUGGGCAAGCAUGGCUUUGACAUCACAGCACCAAAAGCUGCCACAGCAGAAAUUCAAACUGAACAUGCAAGUGCAGCAAAGCCAACAUCCCUAAAUAAGGGACCCGAUUCCAAAAAUGGUACAGGUUCGGUAACAAAUCACUUCCUGACCCCUACAACUUCACAGGCACUUGAAAGACCAUCCUCCUCACAAAGCGAAAAGUUGAAGAUGAGAGUGGAAACACCUCCAGAGGCCAAAAACUCCACCGACACAUCAGACACCGAGAAGAAUUCAUCUGCUCGGCCUAUGACCAUCAAGAGCGCACUUCAAUCCCUGGACUCGACAAAUCAAUUCAAAAGCCGGUCGGUUCUUGGUUCCGUCUACGAAAUAACCGACAGACAACAUAAUGGAGAUGGUGCACAUCCUCUACAUUCCCUGCGUCAAGAUGAGAAGUUAUAUCAUUCAAAACUCCUUGCGGGGUCUGUUCCUGAACUUCCUGCCACACUAUCCCCAACUACUGCUCUGUCGCCUUGGUUGAGCGUCUUGAAUCCCUCGAACCCAUCAGUAAAUGACACCCUUGGACCCAGCCAAUAUAGACGAUGGCAACACGUAUUUCCACGACCAAUACUUGCGAAUACGAUGAAAUGGAAGUCAUUGUGCUGCCCAGCCUCCGUCCCCUUGACCACCGAAUUCUUUCCUACCAAGCAUCAGCUCGAUACAGAAUACCAACAAAAGCCAUACAAGAUCUUUCAGAAUGUGGAUGAUGAACUGAGUGAAGUUCCAAGAUCUAAAGAGGAGUUCCUACGGGAUCUUAUAAGCCUCCGUCUGUCACAAGGAUUUCAAAUUGUGGUUGGGCCUGCUGUUGCCGAAGCCUUUGGCCAAAAGUCUCUGAAGAUUGCCAAUGUAUUCGACCGAGAUGCCAAAACCGAUGUUGGAUCCAGUGUGUUCAUGUCAAUGGGGAAUACUAUACAUCAGCUGUCUUGUGUCAACGAAACCGAAAUUGAAGUAAAUAUGUUUAUCAGAAAACCUACUGCCCCGACAGUUACCAGCCCUGGCGCUGUUGUUCCGGCUGUAUACAAUCCUGCCAUCCGCACAACAUUGGCUGGACAAUACGAGUCUCGUCAAAUUAUUCUUGGAAAGCCCAGAGAUGACUACAAUUGGAAUUAUGUGGAUGCUUUUAUUGCUGGAUUUGAUGAAAAGAUGUCGGAAGGCCUUCGCUUCUGGCGUGCACGCUUCGUUUUGAUACCGGUAGAGCGACCAACACAAUCUCAAAGACGCCAGGGGGAAGACAACGAGGAGGAAAUCCGACUUGAAGGAAUCAAGAAGCUUACUCAAAUGUGGCAACGACACAGGGUUGUCACUGCAUCAGAGAAACGGUUUCAGACUCGUGCUUCCCGGAAGACAAAAGAUCUCAAUCCACUCGACAUUGUCUAUAAGACAGAAGAUCCCUCCAUUGUUGUCACAGCAGAGCUUGAAACUUUACCCCUAUUGGAAACCGGCGACGCAGGCCCAAGACGAGGCUUCCUUUUAGAACCAGAACGCUUCCGAAAAGCAAACCUCGAUACUGCUUCCCUUGCGGAAGCCAUUCAGUCCUCAGUGGAAAGAGGAGGGGUUCGAAUGCAGAAUCGACGUUGGCAUUUCCGGCUUCAUUACAACUGUUUCAUCGGGUCAGACAUGACGACUUGGCUUAUUGAGAAUUUCGAAGAUAUUGACACUCGAGAAGAGGCUGUUGAGCUUGGCAACAUGCUAAUGGCCACGGAUGACCCGCAGAAGAACAAGGAGAAGGAGAACGGAAAAGAGAAAGAGAAAGGCAUGGGGAUAUUUGUCCAUGUCGAGAAGCGUCAUCCUUUCAGAGAUGGGCAAUAUUUUUAUCAGGUCACAGGAGAAUUUGCAAAGCAGCGUCCUGAAACUAGGAGCGGAUGGUUCGCUACGAAACGAAGAGAUACUUCAGUUCCAUCUACACCAAUGUCGGAAAGUAUAAUGAAGGAUCCUCCCAGGCCCGAAAGGUCGAGAUCAAGUUCGAAUCAUGACGAGAUCUCCUCCGAUUCUGGCGGUACAGCCACCCCAACAACAACUGGAGGAAAGAGACCAAAGGUUGCUUUGAGCAAGGUCAUGAAAUACGACGUUGACCAUCGCAAACGGUCAUAUCGACCCGAGCGGAUUAACCUCCAUUAUGAUCGCCUGCACAAUCCGGAUAACUGCUAUCACAUAAGGAUUGACUGGAUGAAUGUUACUGCAAAGCUAAUCGAAGAUACUAUAGAAUCUUGGGCGCUGACGGCAGAACGUUAUGGUCUCCGGCUUGUCGAGGCUCCCAUCGGUGAAGCAUGCUCUAUUACCACUGUUCACCCAUUCAGAAGCCCAUACACAAUCGAGUUGGCUUGCCAGCCUCCAGAGCAGCAACCAAGAACAUAUUUCGAUGCGAAUUCGUUCGGGCCUCAGGUUCAGUCCAGUCCAGCAAGUCGACACUACUACCAAAAAGCAAUCAUGAAGAAAUUUAACUUUGUCUUGGACAUCGAAGCAGCGAAGAACUUCCCCAGCAAUGUGGACGUUACAUACUCGUGGGGUCGCCCAGACUUCAAAUACACCCAAUACAUCCACCGCUCCGGCGUGGUCCUUGCCCAAAUCACCGACGAAGGCAACUUCCUCCUCCUCGCCAAUAGACUCUACAACAACCGAACAGCGGUAAUAAGAGACAUCGAUAAGUUCGUCAGGCCCGAUCACAGCGAGCGGAACAACCGCAUACCUUCCGCCAUCUACAACCACGCCCUGUCCGACAAGGCCAGCCCCCUCAACUCCCCCCUCCUUCGUCCAACAACAACCAUCUACGCAACCACUAACCAGCUCUCCAACUCCCCCAUCCUACGAGCCACGUCAGACGUUCUAGGGUCCGGCCUACCUGGAUCCAAAAUCGCCAACGCCAUCACACCCGAAUCAAUCAAGAACGAGCUCGAAGCCUUCUGCAGGAACGAGUCCUCGCUGGAAGCCUUCUACAAAGAAGUGUUCGAGAAAGCGACACCGCCCAGCGCGACGCCCCCGAAUUGGAGGAGUGCCUAUGUGGGCAGCUUGCUGGACUCGAAUAUCCCGACCCUGGGUCUGCCGCCCAACGUGCUGGCGAGGGACACGAGUCCGAGUCCGAUGCGACUGAGUAAUGUUCCAGGGGUUGGGAGUCUGAUGCCUCACCUCGCCAGGAGACAGAGUGUGCAGAUUGGCGGGAGUGCGGGCGUGUCUGGGGGCGGGGAGAGCCCGAGGGGGACUGUUGCGGAUGGUGAGAAGGGGGCAUAGGGUGAUGGGGUGUUCUGGGAUGGCGUUUUGUAGAGUGAGAGCGCGGAAUGGGUAUACCCGGGUGGAAUUUUGUAUUGUAUGUAUAUAUCAUGCGGAACCAGAUCUUUUCAAAGACU